UUUGAUAACGCGCUAAAUGUACGCUAUCCGCGCGCGAGACCGCGCGCCCGCAUCAUCCGCAACCCUCCGCCGGCUGCGCCAGUCGCACGUUGGCCGAUGACGGACGCGCACGGGGUGAAAGUGAACGCGUCUCCGACCGGCGGCACGCUACUCCGGGACGGCAUCGGUGCGAGCGUGUCGGCGUCGAUGAGGCUGACAGAAGACACCGCGGCGAUAUAAUGGCAUCCAGGAGGCCGACCAAGUACGACGACUCGUAAAAAUCGACGACGACGACGAUGGAAUUGCGCAAGGGCUCCUGGAAGAUCGUGAUCCUCGUGUGCGCGUUGGUCAUCUACCUGUGGAUGCUCUUCGUCGAUCACUCGCACAUGCUGGCCGACAUAUCGCAGAGGAUCACGCUGCAGAAAACGCGGAUCUCCCCGAGGAACGUCUUGUACCAGAGUCCCGAACGAUCGAGGAUCGAGCAGGCAUCACUUCCGGACGGCCGGACGGACCUGAAAAGACCGCAGCCUCUCUCGUCCCGAAACGCCAGCGGUACGCCCGAAAGAGGUGUAUCGGGAUAUCAGACGCUUAAGCAACAGGGUCUGGUACCAAGCCGGCAAUUACCGACCGCCCUGAUAAUCGGCGUGAAGAAAGGCGGGACGAGGGCCCUUUUGGAGUUCCUGCGAUUGCACCCCGCGAUUCGCGCCGCCGGCUCCGAGGUUCAUUUCUUCGAUCAUCAUUACGUUAAAGGAUUCCGUUGGUACAGGCGCAGGAUGCCGCCGACUCUGGUCGGUCAGAUCACCAUGGAGAAGACGCCGUCGUACUUCGUGACGAGCGAGGUGCCGAAGAGGGUGAAGCACAUGAACCCGGGGAUGAAACUGAUCGUCGUGGUGAGGGACCCGGUGACUCGGGCGAUCUCCGAUUACACGCAGGUGAAGAGCAAGCGUCGGAAAAUGCCGCGCUUCGAGGAUCUGGCCUUCCUGAACGGCUCGAGGAUCGUGGACACCUCCUGGAUGCCGCUGAAGAUCGGGGUCUACGUGCGGCAUCUGGAGCGGUGGCUGCAAUACUUCCCGCUUACGCAGUUCUUAUUCGUGUCCGGCGAACGUCUGAUCGCCGACCCGGUGAUGGAGAUCACCCGGGUGCAGGAUUUCCUGGGCCUGAAGCGGGUGAUAUGCGAGAAACACUUCUACUUCAACGCCACUAAGGGCUUUCCCUGCUUGCUCAAGUCGGAGGACCGCGCGACGCCGCACUGUCUCGGAAAAAACAAGGGUCGCAGUCAUCCCUACAUCGAUCCUAUGGCGAUUCAGCGUCUUCGAGAUUUCUAUCGGCCGUUCAAUCAGCGAUUUUAUCAAUUGGCGGGUAUGGAUUUCGGCUGGUACUAAAAUCCACGCGUGUCGCAUACAUACAUAUCGUAAGCAGGAAAACGGAACGGAGUCAAUUCUCGUUGUGUAUCAAGUACUUAUUGGUACUUGUCAAAUACGAUAUCUACUACGCCUGAAUAUCUGUAACCUGAUAUAGGAACAUAUAUAUUACAGUCAUAUCAUCAGAGCGCGCCGCGUUUAGUCCAUAUAGCGUUCGAACGAAACUUUUCCGAAAUCUUGCUUCCGAUGAUGUAGUCUUUAAUUUCAUCAAGUUUUAAUCUUCUCAAAUUGCAUUAAAUUGCAAGAAAAUACAUAUCUUUUUGUUGUAUUGAUUUAAUACAGCGUUAUUAUAAAAUAAUUUAAGAACUCCGUAUAUAAUAGAAGUCAUUGUGUUCCGUUUGUUAUUUAUAUCGUAGUUAGAUUAUUUAAUUUUGUAGUUUAGUAAAUACUAGAUUUGCCACCGUAAAACGAAAAAAAGAAACGAUAUCUCUAAAAGUUAUGAGCGUACAGUUGCCGUCCGGGAAGUCUUUACGAAAAGAAACCGUGACAUAUCUAUAAUUAUCCUAUAAAUUAUUAUAAUAAAGCCACAAUAAUGAAAUUAUAUCUGAGAAUAUUGAAGAUAUACUUCUAUACGCAAUGAAAAGAAUAUAAAAUCUGUAUGAAAUAUAUUAUAUAUAAUAUAUAUAUUAAUAAUGCGUGCGAAAAUAAACGGGAGUUACAGUUUCUUCAGUGCAACAUGAAAUUAGUUAUUUCUACUAAAUAAAAUUAAUUUAAUUUAAUACACCGUAAUUAGUUGAACCGAAUCUCACAAUACUAGGAUAUAUUUAUCGGUUAUUUACUUUUAGAUUUUUAAUUCUGUAGAAAAAUCACAAUAGUGCAAUGUUAAUAAUGUAUCUCUUUGUAAUUUAAUGAAUUCAUGUGAAAUGUAACAGCGAACGCGAUUAUUAUAACAAUUAUGCAACGAAAGGGCGAGGUAAUUAAAAAUUUUUUAUCAAGCAAAAAUUUAUUCGCGCUGACUAUAUUAUAAAAAUUGUCUCAAAAACUUUUGAAACAGCUCUUUUAACUAUAUUAUCAAAGUUUUAAACAAUUCACGUGUAAUUAAAACGAACUUUUUCAUUUUGCAAUACAAAUAAUAUCAUCUACCUAAUAUCAUAUGCAUUAUAUCGCACAAAAAGGAAUAAUUUGUAUAUAAUAA